AAUGUACCAUCGAAAGAAUUCUAAACCAUCAGUUUCCGACCCUUUUGGAGUUAUUUUCUACCUACAUUUCCUCUUAAUCUUCUUUAAAUACUUCUUUGAUUUUCUCAUUUUUCCUGUCAACAUUAAUAAUCAGUGCUAACAAAAAAAAAAUCAUGGGAACUUUCAGCAAUCUUUUCGUUUUGGGGGUUGUUAUUUCAACCCAUUUACACGUCGUAGCAGCGCAAGGAGUUUUCGACGUUACGGAUCCGAAAUAUGGAGCAGUUGGUGAUGGAAAAAAAGACGAUACUCAGGCAUUUACGAAAGCGUGGGCUGAUGCAUGCGCAGCAACAGCAGGGAUACCAAAAUUGGUUGUUCCUAAAGGAAAGACAUUUUACGUUGGACCAACUUCAUUUAUGGGUCCUUGCAAGGCCAAAAAUGUCACCUUUGAGCUUGGUGGAACAAUUGUUGGACCCCAAAAUCCCUCAGCAUGGGAUACUGCCAAGGGUGGUUCAGGAACAUGGAUCGUAUUCAAUGGUGUGACUGGUCUCCUAGUAAAUGGAGGUGGUGUUUUUGAUGGACGUGGUCAGGGAUGGUGGGAGAAGUCCUGCCAUCAAAAUAGACAUCUAAACGCACCAGGAUGCACCAAGAUACAACCAGCUGCAGUAAACUUCUGGGGGACAAACGGUGGUGCAUUUAGAGACAUCACGGUUACAAACAGUCCGAUGUUUCACGUAACUCUCUUGAAACUAGAGGGUUUUGAAGUCUAUAAUGUCAAGAUUAACUCCCCUGAAGAUAGUCCCAAUACCGAUGGUAUUCACACCCAGGAUGUCAAACAGGUCACCAUUGCUGACAGCCAGUUUAGGGGCGGUGAUGACUGCGUCUCAAUUGGAGACCGAAGUUCAUUUGUCUAUGUCCGCAACUGUCACUGCGGACCUGGACACGGAGUAAGUAUUGGAAGCUUAGGUAAGAGUGGAAAAAAUGCGGACGUAGAGGAGAUCCAUGUUGAGAGAAUUGAAUUUGUCGGGACCAUGUUCGGUGCUAGAAUCAAGACUUACAAGGGUGGAAAAGGCUAUUGCCGAAAGAUUUCAUAUAAGAACAGCAAUUUCACUAAUGUGAUGAAUCCUAUAUUCAUCGAUCAAUUCUACCUUGAUGUAGGAGUGAGUGAUACACCUAAUGCGGUGAGCGCUGUGAGUAUCAGCGACGUAACUUUCGAAGGUUUAACGGGAACAACCGACGUAAAAGUACCAGCAGCUAUCACUUUGAAAUGUAGUGAGGCGGUUCCUUGCACCGGUAUUAAAAUGAACAACAUCAACUUAACACCCGCAGUACCUGGGACAAAGCUUACUACUAAUUGUUCUAAUGCCAAAGGAGCCAUUCUUGGAAAAGUUGAACCAGCCGUAACUGGUCUGAUUAGUUCAGCAUAAGGAUGCAUGUGCAGCUCAAUAUCGCGCAUUAAAGUCUGGCUAAGAGUGUCAACAAAUUAAAUAAUUUGGUCCAACCUUCGAGUACUUCGAAGUCUUGGUAUAAUUAAUCAUUGAUCGUAUUUGAUUAUGACAAAUUAAGUUUGUUUUUCCCCUGUAAUCUUCUUCGAUCUCAAUCAAUUUUGACAAACGGAAAUGAAUUAAUUAAAUUUAUAUAUAUUUAACUUCUUCUUCAA